AGGGAAUAUUAUGGUUCAGUUGCAGUGCGCACAGUGCGAGAAUGAGCGAGUGGAGCACCGUUUUACUCAGCCUGUGAGAAAUGGAUCAUCAUAACGCUUUAUUAUUUACAUCUCUUUCUUCCAUGGACAUGUACGCAAAAUCAGUCCUUUAGAUGGCAUUUUUAACAGUGCUUGUUCUGUAUGCCUUACGGUAGGUGUCUGUGAAUUGGACGUUUGUGAACCUUCGAUUAUGGGCAUGGAUAAAUGAAAGGGACAUCAUUUGAAAACUCUAUGCAGAAUCUAUUUUUCUCUCAUUUGGCAGUGUUUGACAUCGGUGAGCUUUUCUGAGCCAUGUAUGCUAAUUCACAUAGAAUUGAAUUUUGAACUAAUUUUCUGAAGGAUUAUUAUGCUUAAAUUGUGUUUUGCAACUGUGAUAGUGAACUGGAGACGUAUUGUCAGCUCACUGGGAUAUCUCUGACCUUACAGUAACCUACUCAACUACAUCUACAUUUAUCUACACAGUGUGAAUUUUUGUUCCAGUUGGACAGACUUUUUAAAUCCUUCACCAAGUGUUGUAUUCUGAAAUAUGGCUUUACCUGACAAUGCCACUGGCAUUCCUGCAGAGGAACUGGCCUUUCCAGAAAUUAUUGAACUGAACGUUGGGGGUCAGGUGUAUAUAACCCGCUACUCAACUUUAACAAGUGUGCCAGACUCCCUCCUGUGGCAAAUGUUUAGCCAGAAGAGCACUAAGAGCCUGGCUCGUGACACCAAGGGUCGUUUUUUCGUUGACAGAGAUGGCUUCCUGUUUCGUUACAUUCUGGACUAUAUGCGGGACCAGCAGCUUGUCCUUCCAGACCAUUUCCCAGAGCGAGGACGGCUGCAGCGAGAGGCAGAAUUCUUCAACCUCCCUGAACUUGUUAAACAGCUGGCACCAAAGAUAAGUAAGCAGAACUCUCUGGGCGACGAGGGCUGCCAGAGCGACCCCGAGGAGUCCUCACCUAUCACCGACAUUGCCCGAAACCUGGCCUCGCUGGGGGUGGCCGCCUGUUCUGGCCUGGCCUCGGGUGCAGGUGACGGCAAGUGCUCCGGAUUCAUCACCAUUGGCUACCGGGGCUCCUACACCCUCGGCCGCGACAGUCAAACAGACGCCAAGUUCCGCCGAGUGGCUCGGAUUAUGGUGUGCGGGAAGACUUCUCUUGCCAAGGAAGUUUUUGGGGAAACGUUGAAUGAGAGCCGCGACCCUGACCGCCCCCCAGAGCGCUACACGUCACGCUAUUACCUAAAGUUUACUUUCCUGGAGCAGGCUUUUGACAGGUUAGCCGACGCCGGCUUCCACAUGGUGGCCUGCAAUUCCACAGGGACUUGCGCCUUCGCUCAUGAGCAGACUGAUGACAAAAUCUGGGCCAACUACACCGAAUAUGUAUUCUACCGUGAGUGAACUUAAACCUGUGUUCCAGCGUCUCCCCCUUGCCUCCCAGACCAGAGAUCACCUGCAAUAGAUGUAGAAGCUUCUAGAUCACAAUCCCCACCACCUUCACCAGACUUUCCCAUGUCAUCAGAGCCCUAAAUGUCUCUCUCAUCCACUGCGCUCAACUAACCUUACUUCCCUUCAGACAAGCCCCAUUGAUCUUCCCCUCACCAAGAGACUGCCUUCCCCUUUCUCUGCUUUUACAGCUUUUGAGAAACACAAAGUUAUACUGUUGUUAUAUAUUUUGUCAAGCUGAAUGUUGGAAAUGAACUGCUAAUCUAGGCUUGAGCCAUUUGAAAGGGCUUCACUUCUGUCAGUCAAAUUGUUGGACGUAUUAUAAAGCUUUUGAGCUGUUGGCCAUUCUUGAUGAGAAAUAGAUAUGUAAUAGAUUAUGUAAUUUUAGGUCAUUGUUAUCUUGUGUAACCCUUUAAUGGGGACAAAGGAGAGGGAAUCCAUUAGGCUUUAAAACUCUCUUUACAAAUAGAUGCAGUUACUGCAUGUGGAAAUUCAAGUGUCACUGUGAGACCUAAAGAUGUAAUAAUACAGAAAAUUUCAAUUGGAAAAAAAGUUGUUUUACAUUGAGUAUAUUCACACGUCAUACUAUUUUAAUUUUUAACUAGCAUUAUACAUCUAGUGAAAAGUGUCAAGGCAGGUUAUAAAGUAAGUAGGCAUUAAUUGGGCAGAAUAGUGUAACGUCACCUGAAAGUGCAGGGCUGUAUAGCUGUAUUGGCUGUGUUAGAAGCUUUCAGUGUUUUAUUUGUGCAAGGUUAGAGGAUGUGAGUUGUAACAUCGUGCUCAGAACACUCAAGUUUUAUUUUCAGGAGUUUCCAGCUCAGUUGAACCAUAGCCAUACUGCAUCUUGUUGUUUACACUCUUAAAAAUAAAGGUUCCAAAAGGGGGUUUUCACAGUAAUGCCAUAGAAAAACCAUUCUGGGUUCCUCAAAGAACCUUUCAGUGAACAGUUCUUAAAGGAACCAUAUUUUCUUAGUUUGAAGAACAUUUGAAAAAUCUAAAGAAACUUUUUCUGAUAUAAAGAGCCUUUUGAGCAAUGGAAAUGUUCCAUGGAUGUCAAAGGUUCUUUAUGGAACCAUCAAUGCCAAUAAAGAACCUUUAAUUUUAAGAGUGUAUUAUCAAUCAAAUAUUUAAAUUGCUUACCGUUUGUGUAAUUUCCUUUCUAAUUUUUCAUAUAUUAUUGUUGUUUAAUGAAUUUGUGUCUUUUUAAAUUGAUCUUAUUCAAAUGUAUUGAUAAUACAUAUAAAUUGAUAUGUAUCAUCAAUUAUAUUCAGUAAUUGAUGUUUGGAUAUUUAAGGACACAGCCUGUCAUUUACAAUGACACACCAUAUAUUUUUGAUUUAUGAAGAUUAGUUAUUUUGUGAUUAAAUUGAUAUUUUCUUUUUCAUCAAACGUGAAGCCACUGAGUUAGACGGUGACUAUUAGAGCUUUAACUUUCAGGUAUUUCCUACAAACACAUCCUUUGUAACCUCAGGCUUAUAAACUGUAACACAAAAUCUCGCAGUGGGCUUUAGUUAUGAGAUGUCAUUUGGGAUUAUAAAUAUCAACCAGUAAUUUAUUUUAUGUCAAUCAGAAAUUAAAUUAAUCCCUUAAUCUUAAUUUCCUGAUAGUCCUUUAAAGGUUGUGUUCGGCAUUGUUUAUAGUGCUAGCCUCAAAGUGUCAUUAUGAAAGCAUGAAUAAAACAUAAUUAUUCAACGAGUAUUUUGUCCUAAAUAUAAAACAAAUGUGUGUAUUUAAUGUAUUUGCACAUUAUUAAAACAGGCCAAAAAUGUUCCACUUAACACAUUUCCUGUGAAGUCAAGUUUAAAUUAAAGCAACAGUGAAUGCUGUAUUUUGACGA